GCCCCGCUGCUGUCCGGGUCGGGGGCUCCUCCCAGAUGGGAUAAGCGGUAAAGAUGUUCAGCUUCGAAGGGGAUUUCAAGACGCGGCCCAAGGUGUCCCUCGGUGGCGCCAGCAGGAAGGAAGAAAAGGCUUCUCUUUUACAUCGUACUCAGGAAGAAAGAAGAAAGAGAGAGGAGGAAAGGCGAAGACUGAAGAACGCGGUAAUCAUACAGUCAUUUAUACGAGGCUACAGAGACCGGAGGCAGCAACACGCCCUCCGGAGAAGCGCCUUCGAUCGCUGCGCCAGCGCCUCACAGCCGGGGGGCACUUUCUCCGUCGCCAGCGGGCCCAACCUUACCCUCCUGGUGAGGCAGCUGCUGUUCUUCUACAAGCAGAGCGAAGACUCGAAACGGCUGAUAUGGAUGUAUCAGAACUUGAUCAAACACAGCUCUCUGUUUGUCCGGCAGUUGGAUGGGUCCGAGAGACUCACGUGUCUGUUCCAGAUAAAGCGGCUGGUGAGCCUCGGAUGCAGGUUACUGCAAAGCUGUAGUGACGACAGUUUGAACGUCGCGCUUCCGAUGAGGAUGCUGGAGGUGUUUUCGUCUGAGAAUACGUACUUGCCCGUCUUGCAGGACGCUGGCUAUGUGGCGUCCAUCAUUGAACAGAUCUUGCACUACGUGAUUCAGAAUGGGUAUUAUAGAUCUCUCUAUUUGUUAAUUAACAACAAGCUUCCAUCAAGUAUUGAAUAUUCUGAUUUAUCUCGAGUUCCUAUAGCAAACAUUUUGCUAGAGAAUGUUCUGAAACCAUUGCACUUUACUUACAACUCCUGUCCAGAAGGUGCAAGGCGGCAGGUCUUCAGCGCCUUCACUGAGGAGCUUUUGGCGGCACCUUUCACGGAUCAGGUUUUCCAUUUCAUCAUUCCAGCCUUAGCGGACACGCACGCUGCUUUCCCGUACGAGCCCUUCCUGAAUGCACUGUUGUUACUGGAGAGCAGGUGCUCCAAGACAAGCAGUGGGGCACCGUGGCUCUUCUUCUUUGUCUUAACGGUUGGCGAGCAUUACCUGGGGACCCUCUCUGAGGAAGGACUGCUGGUGUAUUUAAGGGUACUCCAGACCUUUCUGUCUCAGCUCCCAGUUUCACCUGCCAGCGCGAGCUGUCCAGACUCGGCCAGUGACUCGGAAGACGAGGUUGAGGAGGCGGACCAGCAGCCAAGCGCUCCGGAGGACGGCCGGCUGUCGGUGCUCUACAUCACCGAGGAAUGUCUCAAGAAGCUGGACACGAAGCAGCAGACCAGCACCCUGUUGGCCCUGGUGUGGAGGGACUCCGCCAGCGAGGAGGCCUUCACUCUGAUGGCGUCCAUCGGCCACACGCUCAUGGUGCAGCACCGGAUGGCGGUGCCCAGAGUCAGGCUUCUCUACAGUUUAGCCUUUAAUGCCAGGUUUCUGAGACACCUGUGGUUUCUCAUCUCUUCCAUGACAACACGGAUGAUCACAGGGUCUAUGGUGCCGCUGCUGCAGGUGAUCUCCAGGGGCUCCCCCAUGUCUUUGGAAGACUCCAGUCGGAUCAUCCCUCUCUUCUACCUGUUUAGCUCUCUGUUCAGUCACUCACUAAUUUCCAUACAUGACAAUGAAUUCUUUGGAGAUCCCAUAGAGGUUGUAGGUCAGAGACAAUCAUCAAUGAUGCCUUUUACUCUGGAAGAGCUGAUAGCGCUGUCUCGCUGCCUUCGGGAUGCCUGCCUAGGGAUCAUCAAAUUGGCUUACCCAGAAACAAAGCCGGAAGUUCGAGAAGAAUAUAUUACCGCGUUCCAGAGUGUCGGAGUUACAACCAGUUCUGAAAUGCAGCAGUGCAUACAGAUGGAGCAGAAGCGAUGGGUUCAGUUGUUUAAGGUGAUCACCAAUCUGGUGAAAAUGCUGAAGUCCAGAGACGCGAGGAGAAAUUUCUGCCCUCCGCACCACUGGCUGUCGGAGCAAGAAGACAUCAAAGCGGAUAAGGUCACCCAGCUCUAUGUCCCGGCUUCCCGACACGUGUGGAGGUUCCGGCGGAUGGGGAGAAUUGGCCCCCUGCAGUCGAGCCUGGAUGUGGGUUUGGAGUCCCUGCCUCUGUCUGUGUCGGAGGAGCGACAGCUGGCCAUCCUGACUGAGCUGCCCUUCGUGGUUCCGUUCGAGGAGCGGGUCAAGAUCUUUCAAAGGUUGAUUUACGCAGAUAAGCAAGAAGUUCAAGGAGACGGUCCAUUUCUGGAUGGGAUUAAUGUCACGAUCAGAAGAAAUUACAUUUACGAGGACGCGUAUGACAAACUUUCCCCAGAAAAUGAGCCUGAUUUGAAAAAGCGGAUCCGUGUGCACUUACUCAACGCCCACGGCCUGGACGAAGCCGGCAUUGACGGUGGCGGUAUUUUCAGAGAGUUUCUGAAUGAACUGCUCAAGUCAGGCUUUAACCCCAACCAGGGCUUCUUCAAGACCACUAACGAAGGGCUCCUGUACCCCAGCCCGGCCGCUCGGAUGCUCGUGGGAGACUCCUUUGCGAGACACUACUACUUCCUGGGCCGGAUGCUAGGAAAGGCGCUCUAUGAAAACAUGCUCGUGGAACUGCCCUUCGCCGGCUUCUUCCUGUCCAAACUGCUCGGCACCAGCGCGGAUGUGGACAUCCAUCAUCUGGCCUCGCUCGACCCUGAAGUGUACAAGAAUCUGCUUUUCCUCAAGAGCUAUGAAGGCGAUGUAGAGGAGCUGGGGCUGAACUUCACCGUGGUGAACAACGACCUGGGGGAGGCGCAGGUGGUCGAACUGAAAUUUGGUGGCAAAGACAUCCCUGUGACGAGUGCCAACAGGAUUGCGUACAUCCACCUCGUGGCUGACUACAGGCUGAACAGGCAGAUCCGCCAGCACUGCCUGGCCUUCAGGCAGGGCCUGGCCAACGUGGUGAACCUGGAGUGGCUGCGGAUGUUCGACCAGCAGGAGAUUCAGGUAUUGAUUUCUGGUGCACAAGUCCCCAUAAGUCUGGACGACCUCAAAUCGUUUACAAACUAUUCAGGAGGCUACUCGGCCGACCACCCGGUCAUCAGAGUCUUCUGGAGGGUCGUGGAAGGCUUCACGGACGAGGAGAAGCGCAAGUUGCUCAAGUUUGUCACGAGCUGCUCCCGCCCGCCUCUCCUGGGCUUCAAGGAGCUGUACCCCGCGUUCUGCAUCCACAACGGAGGCUCCGACCUGGCGCGGCUACCCACGGCCAGCACCUGCAUGAACCUGCUCAAGCUGCCCGAGUUCCACGACGAGGCACUCCUGCGCCGAAAGCUGCUCUACGCCAUCGAGUGCGCCGCUGGCUUCGAGCUGAGCUGAGCGAGCGCCGGCACCACCCCUGAGGAGUGACCAGGGCCCGCACCGCGGGCAGCACCCCCGGCCACGAGGGCGCUGGGGCCGGACUCCUGCAGCUCUCCUGCCCCCACCCUGUCCCUCCCUCCCCCCCCCCUCGUUUUCCAGAUGGUCCGUGAAGUCAUGGUCACUCACUCAGACGGACACUGCUUUUCCGACAACAUAGACUCGCAAACGUUACGUGCCAUGUGGCUACUGUAGUGACUGUGCCGAGAGGAGCACGGUUUUAAGACUAGUGGCAACUCAGUGAAAUUAACCAAAGAAGAAGCUUUGGCUUUGCUAGUGGACUUGAGCCCUUCCUGAGCUGGGGGGCCGGGGGGGCCGCAGCGCGGGUGCUUGUCUGCAGAGACGCCCGGUCUGAGAGCUGGGGGCGCAUCCUCUCGGGGCUCCUGCUUCUCGUGUGGCGGAAUUGUUUACAGUCCUGAUUGUUCAAACUAAAGGCAUUUUCUCCUGCUGCCUUUUCCCAAAGUGGUUAGGUUUGGAAAAUACACAGCGAUGAUAAUAUUUUAUUUGUGCUUUUUAAGCCAUUCCCCCGAACGGGACUAGCAUGCCUGUCGGUUUCGCUGACCGCAUCGUGCCGGUCCCGCUGUUCCUGUGUGGGGGUGUGUGUGGGCGGACGCGUCCUCCCGUGUCCAGCUCCACGGCGCGGCUGCGGGCUUGCGGGAGAGGGGAGGGGCUCGCCUGUCCCGCAGCGCGUGUGGCCUGUGAUCGGCGGCGGCUCGGGGAGAGCAGACACUGGCAUCGAUCUGAGUCACUUGAACCAAAGUGGCGGGCUGCAGCUUUGCACUGGGCACGGCCUGCUGUGGCGGGACCUCGAGGCCGCCCGUCCUCCUUACCCCGGGGCCGCGCCCGCCCCUCUCCCCGGUCCCUGGGCAGCGCGCCAGGCUUCUGCACCCUCUGCUUCUCGACGGUGCUGCUCCGGAGGAAGACUGGACAGUCCCCAUCGCGUGUCCGGGGGGAGGGGAGGUGGUGACUCUCUCUUCAAAAGGCACUUUAUCAGGACCUACCUUGUUGCUGGGUGAUUUCAGUCUCUGAGAGCGGGGAGUGCCUCUGAGCACCCGCUGGGAGAGCCAGACUGACCCUCGCUGACGCGGGGGGCCUGAGGGCUCUCGCUCUGACCUCCCUCUGCCUCACCUAGCGUUUCCUGUCACUGGGGCUGUGGGCUGUCCUAUGGAAUUGACCAGAAUUAGCAAUAUGCUUUUAAAUGCGGGGAAACUGAAUGACACUUUUAAGACAAUGACCAUAUCAAAACAAAAUGUAUAAUUUCAUAAUUUGAAUAAUAAAUUAAGUGUUUAAAUGCUAUUUGUAGUCUUGAUAUACAGAAAUAAAAUAAUUAGGGUUUGU